CACCUGCUAAUUAUUUUUUUCUUUUUCAAUUUCUUAAAUGGCUUGAAAACAAGCGAGAACUAACAAAGACAAUCGUUAAUUCUAAAUGCCGGCUUGCAAUUAUCAUAAUCCUCUAAUUUUGUUAAGUAUUUUUAAAAUACUUAAAAAUGUGAAAUUCCUGACGAAAUUAGUUAGAUGGAGAUUUGUUUUUCGUCAAAAUCGGUUAAUUCUUCCUUUAUUUAUUCAACUUGCUGUACUGAUGAGAAUCGGAUUUACGAGAGAGCUUGCUUUUGCUUUAUUUCACGCUCUUACUUCUGAAGAAAUGUACCUUGAUAAAACAUUAUCUUCUCAAUUAAAUCCCGACGAUAUUAAAGUUAUUAGUAACGAAAAUACAAAUACAGAAGAAAUUUAUGAAUAUCCUAAAGGUGACUCGUGCAAAGUUUGUAAAAAGAAGUAUGAAUCCACUUUUAAUUGGUGUGUUGUAUGUGAUAUAAAACGACUUCAAGAUGAUUUUCCAAAUUGGAGUAGCGGACAUCAAGAAUUAGAUAAGAUUAUAAGGAAAAAUCAAUUAAAUGCUGAUAGUCAUACGAAUUAUAUUGAAUGGAUCCCUUACGAAAAAUUUACAGAUAUUAAGAAAAUUAGUGAAGGUGGAUUCGGAAUUGUAUAUUCUGCCACAUGGAUUGAAGGUCCAAGAUGGAAAUGGGAUGAUGAGAAAAUGCAAUGGGUUGCUUAUGGUCCAAGAAAGAUUGCGCUUAAAACUCUUAAGUGUGAUAUUAUCACUAAAAGACGUGAAGAAUUCUUCAAAGAAGUUGAGUAUCAUUCAAUUUGCGUUGGUAUAAAGAGAAUAGUUCAUUGCUUUGGUGUCACUCGCAAUCCGGAUACGGGAAAUUAUAUGAUGGUUACUAACUUUGCAAAUGAAGGUGAUUUGGCUUCUUAUAUUAAAAAGCAUCAACAAGAAUUGACAUGGGAACGUAUCCUUCGUUUAUCCCGUGAUAUCGCUAAAGCUCUUAGAGAACUCCAUAGAAAAGAGCUUAUUCAUUGUGACCUUCAUAGUGGUAAUAUCCUGAAUCACGUGACAUGUUAUGGAAUCACAUGGACUUGGAUUGCGGACUUAGGAUUAUGUUUGAAAGAGGAAGCAAGUCAAACGAGGAAUCAAGUUUACGGAAGAUUCGAAUAUAUUGCACCUGAAGUGCAUCGACAAAAAUUAUAUUCAAAAGCUGCAGAUGUAUAUUCUUUUGGAAUUAUACUUUGGGAAUUAACAUCUUGUCGUACACCAUUCUCUGACAUGAUACGAGAUAUAGCUCUUGAACUUGAAAUUAUUAAAGGAAAGAGACCAAAUAUAGUUGAAGGUACACCACCAGCCUUUGCUAAACUUAUGCAAGAUUGCUGGCACGAAGAUCCGAAUUUACGGCCUAAUAUGGAAGAUGUAUAUAAAAGAAUUUGGAGUUUUUCAAAUUCAAUAAUUAAAGGAAAUCGUAAAGAUAGAUAUGGAUUUAAGGCUGCAGAAGAGGACAGAUCUUUUAGAUUACAAUCUAUGACAAAACAAAUAAAUCCGAAAUUUACCUAUGGUCGAAUUUUAUCUGAUGUUAACUAUUUAAGUACAAAGAUUAUAAUUUAUACUCCAAUACCAUCAACGAUUAGAAGUAUUAUGGACAGUUGUUGUAUUAAGGAUUCAACCAAUAAUAUCAAGAAGGAAAGCAAAGCAACAGAAAAUCAGAAAUUGCUGUUUAAGGUUAACUCAGGACGUGGAAUGGAAAUAGUUGUAGGAAGUAGUAGUAUUUUGAGUUUACCGCCUAUAAUUAUUCAUAGUCAGCUUUUUGAUUAACUUUGUAAAUAUAUUAUAUAAAUUAUAUUAACAUAUCAUAAUUGGUAAGUAAAAUUAUAAAAUAUA